CCCCGAGUCACUUUGGCCAGCAGUGUUAGAAAUCUUUUUGCUACCCCCAUAUCUGCCUCUAGUAUCUACCUUAGUUAUAUCACCGUCGCCGGUUGCGUCUAGAAAUGUACGAAUUUAACAAUAAUUCCAGAUCCAUUCGUUACCAAUUACAAUCACAAUCACACCUUCGCCAGACAUAAGCCAAAAGAAAGAGAAAAUGAACGGCUUACGGACAGAGCGCCACAGAGUGCAAGACAUCGAACUAGCGAUGGCUGCACUAACCACGAACCAGAGCCUGGCGGACCUACCAAACGAGAUAUUGCUCCUUGUUCUGGCAAAUCUCGAAAGCGCUCGGGACAUGCGAUCCGUGGCCCUAGCGUGUCGGCGACUGCACCAGCUCGUGAGAGACGAGGGCUGGAGGGUUUUUGUAAAAACCGGCUUCAGCUCCAUGUCGGUCCCUGAAUCUAGGAAAGGCCAACACAACUGGCGGCAGCUGGCCGAGUCCCUUACGUGGCAGAGCCGCUGCUGGGACAGGCGAGCGCUCCAGUUCCAGAGCUUUGUUCCUGUUUCCGCGCCCCGCCAGCACGCAUCUCGGAGGGCCCUCUUCCAGCCCGUUCUGGAUGCUUCCUUCGACCCCGACACACAAGAAGAGCUGGUCGUAUGGGGUGCCGGGGAGACUGUUGUUGCCCGGUACCGCGAGCGACGAGCCUCGGGCAGGCCGGCAAAAAUCACUUGGCUCAGAUCCGAGGGCAAGGAUUUCGGUCUCGUAGCCGGCCAUGACGACGUCCGCGCAGUAGCAAUAGCGAGGCACUACGGAGCCCACCCCGGUGGUCGGGCGAUUCUAACAGGACGAGACAACGGAGAAUUGGCCCUCCUGUCUGCCGAGCCGGGGCGGUUCGGCGAGCGUCUUGCCAAGUUCAGUCCUGCUUUUUCCAGCGAGGAAGCCAUCUCAGGCACCAGGCCAGAGAAAUCUACAGACCAGGAUACUGUCAACUCUUUGGAUGUCACGUAUAGCGGUUCCGGGAGCCUGGUUGCUGCAGCGACAAGGUCCACCAUCUUGGUUUACAAACUCCCCGAGGAUGGCAGCACCCAAGCAGCACCAUCUGCGACUUACGACUUGGCAAAAGAGGCUUUUAACUCAAGCUCUAUACAGCUGUGUCGCGCGGUAUGGAUGGGCCAAGGUGAUGUAUUGGCGCUGGCGCUGAAGGGCGACAAGGAGAAUCUCCGCUACAUGACCAUCACCCCGUCCGGAUGGACCUAUCUCUCGACUGCCAAGAACCCAGACGUGGAAAAACAGUUCAGUACCCGUAAUAGCAACAUCUGUCCGAAUUCACUGCAGCAUGUCCACCCGCAGGCAUGGAACAAGGGCGGCACAAGUUUGCUGCUCAGCGCCUGGAGGGAUGGCACGUGCAGGCUUCAAGAUCUUCGCACUCCUUCGCCGUUUGACGCCGUUUAUCAGGACAACAUAGACCCUUGGGCUGACAUGGAGGCACUGAUGGUUUACGGCACAGAGCGUUUUGUAGGAGGCGGCAUGAAUGGGGCAACGGUCAAGGUCUUUGAUUUCCGGUGGACGAAAGGCUAUCACCACAGCUCGGGGCUUCCAUGUCUCGACCGAGCACCCUUCUCGCCGCCUCCGCAGCCGUUCCUCCAGCCACCCGGCAUUGGUAGCAGUACCCACGGCCCCGGGACCUGCAAUUAUCUUCGAGGCGAAUUGUGCCGUUGGCACACGCUCUCGAGGCACCUUUACUACCGGCCGAACGCUACCUUCUUUCUUUCGAGUUCGUUGGCGCGCAGGAACGGCCCGACAAGCGUCUGGUCGCUCGCUAAAGCCUCAAACGUGGCGCCAAACUUCUUCAUUGGCAUAUUGGGAGGAAUUAUUGAAGCCAACUUGGAGCCGUCUCAAGACAAGACGGCAACGAUGAGGAGCAGCACCAUCAGCGACCCUAACUUUGGGUUUGGGGACUGGAGGCGAACGGGCGCGGAACAAGGGGGUUACGUAGCAAAGCCGCUUGACAUGGCGGUGAUGGAGACUGGCGACGGGGCUGCUGUAUGGGGGAACGACCGGCCCAUCCGGCUCCCUCGCAUGCUAACGCCGGGCUUUGAUGCGCCAGAUAUCAUCCCUCUGGCGAGUCAUCACCGACUCGACCCUCGGCUGCAUCUUGUUCGUAAUGUGGAACGUCGCCUAUUGGCUUGACCUAGACUUUUAUAUUUCCACCUCCAACUCCACGUACACGCACGCACAUUCCUUAUCUUUGUGCGUAUCAGACGCAUUUUCGGAGUUCAGUGCAGACAGAAGAACCAACACUCGUCACGAAACAUUCGACGCCCUCUAGCAGUGCCGCGUAUUAUUACUGUAAUUAUGCACGUACCAUACGCUCACGCCUAUUCUGUGACGUCACUGUUGGAGCUGAUGUUUCAAACGAGCCAGGGUUAGGGGUGACCCUUGAUGACCCACCCGUGUAGCAGCACUUUGGGGAAACCCUGGAAGCUAAGACCCUGAUUUGCCGCGUCCCGCAAUUGCUCAGAAUCCAAUUCUGUUACGAG